UCCUAAGUUCACGAGAAUAUGGCUGUCCCGGAUUCUUUCCUUCAUUUGGCGAGGCCACUGGGCCCAGCGACGGUUGGUUCCCAGCCAACCACGACGCCUCUGAAAGUCGUCGUGCAGCCACAGGCACUCUUCUCCAUCUUAGAUCAUACGUUACGAAGGCAUCCGGAGCAAGAGCGAGUGAUUGGAACCCUUUUGGGGGUGAGAAGCGAAGAUGGGACCGAGGUGGAGAUCCGAAACUGCUACGCCGUCCCGCAUACCGAAACCCAGGAGCAAGUCGAAGUGGAUAUGGAUUAUCAGAAGCAGAUGCAAGCGCUGCAUCUGCGAGCGAACCCGCGCGAGGUGCUGAUCGGGUGGUACGCGACCUCGUCCAAGCUCGACACCUUCUCCGCCCUCAUCCAGAACUUCUACGGCCAGCAAGGCGACGGCACAUAUCCGCAUCCGGCCGUGCACCUCACGGUUUCGACCAACCCCGGCGAGGAUAUCGAAAUUCGAUCCUACAUUUCCGCGCCCAUCGGAGUGACGCCCGAGCGCUCAGAGGACAGCUGUCUUUUCUUGCCCGUUCCGUACGAGCUCAAGUAUGGUGAGGCGGAGAAGAGCGGUCUGGAAUUGAUAUCACUGGCAAAGGACCGAGAGGACCGAAGUCAAGCGACGUUAACGGAUGUUGAAUCGCUGGAGAAGUCAAUAGUCCAGGUGUUGGACCUCCUCGACCGUGUUUCUAAUUACGUGAACAAUGUUCUGGACGAAGAAGCCACACCAUCCCAGGCGGUCGGUCAAUAUCUAUUGAACGCGCUCUCUCUCGCACCGAAAGUUGACCCUGCCAAUAUUGAGCGGGACUUCAACAACCAUAUCCAAGACGUUCUGGUCAUCGCCUACCUCGCGAACACGAUCCGGACGCAGAUCGAUCUGUCCAAUCGCCUGGCCACUGCUGCGCUUACGGCCGCUGCUACGGAGGGCAUUGGUGGACCGGGCGGGGAGUCAGGGGGCCAUCAGAAGGGCGGCCAAGAUGGACGGAGAGGCGGCCGGGGUCGAGGGCAGAAUCGACGGACGGAGGAGUGAUUUCCGAAAGCGCCGGUCAGAAGGACGGCGGAAAGGAAUGCCGAGGGUCUGCGGCAGAACUGCAUUCAACGGCCCACUAGGCGUUCCGGAUAUUUCGGAGGACUGCAUGAAUCGUAGAUUGGUGUAUUCUAUGCAUGAUGCCUCUGUCAUGAUGAUACGCUCACCGUCAGCGCUGUACAGAAGGCGCUGGCUUAAUGCUUCAAUGAAA